UGUGCAUAUUAUGCGUCCUAUCAUACAUUGCCGCGAUCACGCAUAAUUACGAAAGAAUUUAUACGCAGAUCGUGAGAUGUUGUAAAAACAAACUUGAAGACGUUAUAUUUACAGGAUAAUAUAAUUAUAAUUAUAUCAUAAAUUAUUAUAAUUAUAUCAUAAAAAGAUAAAGAAAAUAAAAAAGAACGACACACACACACACGCACACAAAAUAGUCAGCAACGACGAUAAAAAAGGGAGUAAAGAGAAGAAAAAAAAUUGAGCUUUACGCAACAUUACAAACUUUCCAUAUUAUCGUGAUUUCACGCAAUGCUUUCUCUACUGAUGAAAUUAUUAUUUAAUGUUAUUGUGUUGCAAUUUUGAUUUAAGCGCUUUCACAAGAUGCUAUCCCGCCGAUCCAAUCACAACGGAUCGAUUCUUUCGCUUUAGUCUACACGAUCUCUGAAAUCUUCUUUCUCAAUCUACCUUUUUCUCUCUUUCUCUUUCUUUUUGCAUAAGUGUAAGUUAAGCAUGCAAGUCCUCUUCUCUUGUGCUUGCUAUUAUCGAUAAUGAGAUAAAAACAAAAUACCUUCACGUCCUGCUCUUUCCUCUACUACUACAGUUCUAUUAUCCUCAAGUACAUAUCAAGAGGAAAAACUAAAAUCGAUAACUUCGGCAAAACAAGGAAAUACAUGAAAAAUUGUUGCUCUUUUCUUUCGCGCGGAUUCUUAUAUAAUAUCUCGAGACUAGAUAUCUAUAGCUUCAAUCAAAUGAAGUAACUCGGUACAAAUUCUAUUUAACAGAUUUGAUAAACGAUGAUUGAAAUUGUUGAUACUUUUAUAAAACUAACUUAUACACACAUACAUACAUAUAUACCUAUACAUAUAUAUGUACUAAAAGAUAAAUAUUAUGCACGUUUCUAUACAUCCUUUUGAAGAUAUUAAAAAUCAAUAAAAGGCGCAUGCUAUUUUUUGAUAUUACAGGUAUAUUUGCAUGAUAAUGGAGACGCGUAUAGAGGAAGAUAUAGUUAACUCCGAUGUUUUUAUUUAUGAUUGUACCAAUUUAACUCUCGGUCAUAUUUUGAAAUAUACACUACCUGUAUUAAAAAAAAUUGACACUAUCUUGGAAGCAUAUGGUACAAGAAUUAAAGCAAUUCAUAUGAUAAAUGCACCAAGUUUUAUCGAUGUUUUAAUAACAAUGAUUAAAUCAGUGAUGAAGGCAAAACUUAUUAAGAGAAUACAUGUUUAUACAUCUGGAGAAGUAUCAUUAUACGGGAUUAUAUCAAGAUCUAUUUUACCAAUGGAUUAUGGCGGUGAACAACCAUCAUUGGAUACUAUAGCAGAUAUGUGGCAAGCAAAAUUGAUGGAACGAAGAGAAUGGUUUCUGGAGCAAGAAAAAGUUAAAGUUGACGAAUCUCUCCGAUCAAAUUCUGUAAUAAAUCCGUACGAUCUAUUUGGAGUUCCGGGAACAUUUCAAAAAUUGAACAUUGACUAAUACGAAUAUGUUUUUGUGGAUGUACGAGUAUAGAUAAUAAGGCUUAUGUUAUCAAGUAUACAUAUAGAUACACAUAUACAAAUUAUUAUGUAGUGUAAGGAAUUAUUAGAAAUUAAUAUCCAUAAAAUAAAAUAAAAAAUCUUAUUGAUAUUGCUAUGUAGAAAACAAAAAUUAUAACAUACAAUAGUAGAAUAUUAUUUAGGCAUUAUCAUAACAAAUGAUAGAUAUACGUCAAAUUAUACACAAAAAUUGUGUUGCAAAAUAUAUAUGCAUAUAUUCUAAUAAAGAUGUUGCAAAAGAUAA